AUGUCUGCCGAAAACUUGCCUCCUAUGAAAUAUGUUAAAUUUGGAAACACUGGUCUACGUGUGUCACAAAUUUGUCUUGGUUGUAUGAGCUUUGGUUCAUCUGAUUGGUUUAAUUGGGUGUUGGAUGAAAAAGAAUCCAUCGACAUGAUCCGUAAAGCAUAUGAAGCUGGUAUCAAUUUCUUUGAUACUGCCAAUGUUUAUUCUGCUGGUGAAAGUGAACGUGUCUUGGGUAAAGCUAUCAAGGAAUUGAACAUGCCUCGUGGUCGAAUCGUGGUUGCCACCAAGGUCUUUUGUCAUGUUCCCGAAAAAUUACCCGCACCUCUCGUCCCCACGCCUUAUGAUAAAUCUGAUGCUGUUAAUCAAUUUGGUCUUUCAAGAAAACAUAUUUUUGAUUCUGUAGAAGCUUCUUUGAAACGUUUGCAAUUGGAUUAUAUUGAUUUGUAUCAAAUUCAUCGAGCUGAUCCUAAUACUCCUUGGGAAGAAACAAUGGAAGCUUUAAAUGAUCUUGUACGAUCUGGAAAAGUACGUUAUAUUGGUGCAUCAAGUAUGAAAGCUUAUGAAUUCCAAAAAGCCAACACCGUUGCUGAAAAGAAUGGAUGGACCAAAUUCAUCUCUAUGCAAAACUUGUACAAUCUUUUAUAUCGUGAAGAAGAAAGAGAAAUGAUUCCUUAUUGUCUGGAUGCUAAUAUCGCUGGCAUCCCUUAUUGUCCCUUAGCUGGUGGUUAUCUUACUGGUAAAAACCGUAACACAAAGCGCAGUGACCAUGCUGUUGAGUUACUCUCGAGAUACGUCAAGACCACCAGUAAAGAUGAUAAUGAAGUUAUUAUUGAUCAAGUGAUUGCCAUUGCUGAAAAACGUGGAGUCUCUCCUGCUCAAAUUGCUUUGGCAUGGAAUUUAAGUAAACCAUUUGUUACUUCCCCUAUCCUCGGGUUUAGCAAAGAAAAAUACCUUUAUGAAGCCAUUCAUGCAUUGGAAAUCAAGUUGACUGAUGAAGAAAUUCAACAAUUGGAGUCUGCUUAUGUCCCUCGUUAUAGUCAAGUUUAA